CGCUAAGACACGACGCCGCUCUCCUGCGCCUGCUCUGUAUAUGUGUAGGCAUCCGUAGAGCUGCAGCUCGUAGCAUGUCUAGCUCUGCCAUUAGAGCCGAACGUCUCUGUUUGACUGGAGCUGUCUAUUGUCAUCGCAGGACGCGGUGUAGUUUUGUGGGUGACAGAUCCCCUAGAUCCCUCUGUCUGAGAGCAAAGAAAGAAUGAAAACAGGAGACCCCUUUACUGGGCGGACUGCGCAGAAAAGCCACCUUAACAAAAGAUUUUGACAUGAAGAAAGACUUUGAUACGUUAAUAGCUGAGGAACGCGCUGAGAUCAUCUCAAAAUAUGAUAAGGGCCGGGAUGCGGGCGUAGACAUCGACCCCUGGGAAGACCCGGACUACACUAUCUACAAGUUCACAGAUCGCUUCGGCUUUCUGCAUGAAGAGGAACUGCCGACUCCCAAUGCUCUUGAGGAAAAGCAAAAACAUCUGGAAAUUGAAAGGGUGGAGAAAUGGCUAAAAAUGGUGAAGAAAUGGGACAAGUACAGGAACAGUGAACGGAUGUGGCGCAGGGUGUAUAAGGGGAUUCCCUUGCAGCUGCGGGGGCAGGCCUGGUCCUUACUGCUGGAUGUGGAGAAAGUGAAGAGUGACAACCCUGGCAAGUACGAGAAAAUGAAGGAACAGGCCAGACACUUCUCCACUGAAAUCAAGCAAAUCGAUCUUGACGUGAACCGGACCUUUCGAAACCAUAUCAUGUUUAUGGAUCGAUUUGGAGUCAAACAGCAGGCUCUGUUCCACGUCCUGUCGGCCUACUCUGUUUACAACACAGAAGUGAGUUACUGCCAGGGGAUGAGCCAGAUCGCCGCUAUCCUGCUGAUGUACAUGAAUGAAGAGGAUGCCUUCUGGGCCCUUUCCCAGCUGCUAACCAAUCAGAAACAUGCCAUGCACGGGUUCUUCAUCCCCGGCUUUCCCAAGCUCCAGCGCUUUCAGGCUCAACAUGACCAGAUCCUCUCCAAACUCCUGCCCAAGCUGAAGAAGCACCUGGACAAGGAGCAGAUGUUCACUGGGAUUUACACAACCAAAUGGUUCCUGCAGUGUUUCAUUGAUAGGACACCGUUCACCCUGACACUGCGCUUGUGGGAUAUUUACAUACUGGAAGGAGAGAAGAUUUUGACUGCCAUGGCGUACACCAUACUCAAACUGCACAAGAAGCACCUCCUGAAGUUGCCUCUGGAGGACCUGCGGGAGUUCCUGCAGGAGACCAUGGCCAGGACCUUCUUUCUGAAUGACGACCUGGUGGUGGAGCAGCUGCAGGUGUCCAUGUCCGAGCUGCGCAAGAUGAAGAUGGAGCCAGCCAAGCCGGAUGAGUUCCCAAAGCAGCUGCUGGGCGUGGAGCGACCCGUACUGCUGCUGCCACUGAAGCCCCCGCAGGCUGCUAACGGAAAGAGCGAGGCCAUUGCAUCCAACAAGACCCCCUCCCCUGGCGACCUGCGGGGUUUCCAGACCCCUCCCCCAACCCUGCCUUCCACCGACCCCAUGCUGGUGCACAGCCAGGGGGAGCCCCAACGCCAAGCCCCGACCCCUAGCUCUGAGGGGGUGGAGCUUCCCCCAGAAGAGGCGGGGAUAAGACAGGUUGUCGGGGCAGCACCCCUGGAGGACAGUGAUGAGUGGCCCCCUCCCUACGAGCCUCCAGAAACGAGCGAUGCGGGAGACCCAACUGCAGCUGAGCUGGAUCUGCCCGAGCUAGACCCACCUCCACUGCUUAGUGAGGAGGUCUACCCUCCCACACCACCAGGGGGCGACACGCCUUUCUCUCAGCGCCCGCCCAAACCUUCAGCCUCAGUCCCUGUCCCCUCCAGUGCCUCCCACCCGUGCCUCCCCCCGAAACCGUUAGCCCUGUCACAGGCAGCCGAUCGAAGACCUUCCAACAUCUCCCAGUAUGACAACCUGUCCCUGGGCCAGGAGAACCACUGCCUGGACCAGCUGCUGCCGACGGCCACUGCCAUUCCGGAACCUUCCACCAACGGGAACAGCCUCACUCCAGUGCGCCCUUCACCACUCCCGCCCUGCCUUAAGCCAAAGCCCACGCCCCCUCCCCCGCCCCACCGUCAGCUCCCCCAGGUGCCACAGCGAGAUGGACCGGACGUACUUCAGUCCCCGCCUCACUUCUCUAACAGGCUCGUCACCUUCCAGUCCCCCUCACUGCCCCACAAACCCCCUCGGGAGGAAGCCGCUGACCUUCGCCCUCUGGUGGAGGUGGAGAGAGAGGGCGGGAGUCACCAGGCCUCACCAAAACGAGCGUUGAUGCCACCAACGCUCCCCUUCGCCCCCAAACCCACAGGACAAACGACAGCGGUCCCCGCUGUCCGCUCCGAUCCAGAUUUUUACCGGACACACCUCUCCAACCAGCAGCUCCCCAAGUCUGUGACAUUUUAGCAUAUGGCAUUGCCAAUUUCUGACGGAUCCUCUAGCAUUUCUUACAGACACACCACUUUUUAAAAAAUAAACUGUGUUGUAAACAAUGCUGCGCUGAAAGAGUUUACCUGAGGGGUUUUGGCAGAAAUAACUGUUUUGACAGAUGUGUACAGACUUCUUAACCUUUGUAAAGAAGCUUUUUUUUUUGCCCCUGAUAUUAUGGUUUUGGUAGUUUUACAAAUACUGAUCUGAUGAAGGUAGAGUUUAACAAAAUUUAGCUUUAAUAAAAAUCCUGAUGAAGCCUUUCCAUUGUGACAGAUCAGUACUAUCUAGCGAACAGAAAGGGUUGUGGUCACAGUUCUUAAUGCCAAAACUGUCUGGAAAGUGUAAAAAAAGGGACUGAGGAGGGGUUUCACGACAUAUUGUGCAGUUAAACAAAUGGAAUAAUGGGUAUGAGGUCACAUUCAGCCCGUGUGCCCAUUGCUUUGUGGUGCUUAAUUUUUCAUUUGCUGUAUUUGUCCCUGUUUCUGAGGUAAAAUGUUUCUUAACCUUGUGAAGAGUAGGUUUUUUGGAAUGUUUUUUUUUUCAAAAUUCUAAGUCAGUGUUCUAGACCUUCAUUGCUUUCCAUUACCAGCUGUGAUGGUUACAGCAGCAUUGGAAUGUUCAGUUAAGAACAUUCUGAUCACAUUAGUGAUCUCACAAGUUCAUUUAUUGUUUAUAUGCCAAUGUUCAUUCACUGCACACAGAACAUUUUGUAUCAUGAGCAGUUAGUAAAGGGUUAAUGGUCUGUAAUCAUGGAACAGCAGUGUCUGGAGGUUGCGCUAACUUUAAAGGGGUUCAUAGGAGACCAUGUCGAUAACUGGGGUCUAAGUCAUUGUUUAAAGUGAGCAGGCUCACGUCAUGCAACACAGCAAAUGGGAUUAUGGGUCAACCCUGGACCCUCUCCUUGAACCGUCUGUAAUACAUAUUGCUUUCUCUCCCUCCUUACUAAUGCAGUGUAUAUAGGGUUCUCUCUGUCCCCUCUGACAGGAAAAUAAUCAUGGAAAUGUAUGGAAGUCCUGCUGCCCUUAAAGAUUUAAAAAUGAGGUAUAAUCAUUUGUAAUAUACAAGGAGAGAUAAUUCAGUCUAGCUUGCUAGCUGGAUUUCUUUCAUUAUGAGUUCAUUCUCCUUGCUCGUAGUAUUCUGCUGUUGCCAGCAAAUUGACAUGCCCACAUAUACAGUAAUCCUGCUGCCAGAAAGCUCUGCCGAAUGAUACCCUUCUCACAGACAAGCUGAGGGUUGGUCUGUCUGAGGAGAGUAAUAUUUGUCACUGAGUACCAAUGGGGUAAGCCAAGUAGCUGGAUUUCACUAGAACUUGACUUUUGGCAGUGUUAAAAACAGCCUGUGUUUAUUGCAUGUUUAUCCUUAAAUCACAGGUGAAAUUGAGCUGUAAAUAUAAUGGUGAUUUGAGAGGUAGCCUUGUGCUAGUGGCGUUCAGAACGACCAAAGCAUGGGCAGAAUACCCAAAGAUUUCAAACAGCCCCCAGGUGCACUCAGCAAAUCAACUGCCACUUCCAAAAGGCAGGACAGUUUUCACGGCUUCAUACUUGGUCAUUUGUUCCUCUUGCAAAGAGCCACAGCUCUGUGGUUUGAUGCAAUUUUUUUGUUGGGUAAAAAAUCAUAUGUAGCAAUAAUGUAGAUAUUGUGUAAAGUUUGAAUGUAAAAAAAACCAAACCGUUAACCUGCACCCUGAAAUCAGGCAUUUAUUUUAUGUUGAUAUCUAUAUAACAUGUAUGUUGAUAUCUCCACCAGGUGAGUCGAAUUGCCUUUAUUAACAGAAAAACGCCCAAAUACUGGUUCUGUUUUCAAAGCCGUAAGGAAUGCCUUCUCUUCGUGCCAAUUGAAUAGCUCCACCUGGUGGAGAGAUUGCACUUUUUCAUCUUUUUUUAUUUUUUUAUUUUAAUCUCAUUUGACAGUAUUCUUGACCUGACGGAAUUAGUUGUGAUUUUGUGUUUGGUUUAAAUAUGCUUCCUUUUGUAACAAAGUGCUGUUUUUCAUCAGUUUUGUUUUCAGACAGACCUAUGUAUGUCUUAAGUCAUAAGCUGUUGAACAGUAGUUGUCCCCCCCCCCACUAGCUCGGAAUAAUUGGCAGUAGUUACAGUGCUCAGGAAAGAGCUUUAUAUUUUAUGAUGGGUUUUUAAUAAAGAUAGACUGGUUCUGUGAGGAACCGCAAGGAGUGAAGCCUGGGAGAGAAAAUGGAGCAUUUAUUUCCACAGCUUUCAAAGGUAAAUUACUGCUUUAAUAAGUUAUAUGCAAUAUGUAUUUGAUUUUUGUCUUUUGUCAUUUUUGCACAUUGUUUGUAUUACAAGCAAAAAAAGAAACAAA